UCUUCACAACUCAUCAACAUUCAAUUUUAACAAAGCACCGAAACCACAGCAAGAAUCUAGGGUUCGAAAUGGACGCAAGCACAAAGGCAAAGAAGGGAGCCGGAGGAAGGAAAGGAGGAGGACCAAGGAAGAAGUCCGUCACCAGAUCUGUUAGAGCUGGACUUCAAUUCCCAGUCGGAAGAAUCGGUCGAUUUUUGAAGAAAGGUAGAUAUGCUCAGCGUGUUGGUACUGGUGCUCCCGUUUACUUAGCUGCUGUUCUAGAAUAUCUUGCUGCUGAGGUUCUUGAGUUGGCUGGUAAUGCAGCACGUGACAACAAGAAGAACAGAAUUAGUCCAAGACAUUUGUUGUUGGCUGUGAGGAAUGAUGAAGAGCUUGGAAAAUUGCUAGCUGGUGUUACUAUUGCUCAUGGUGGUGUUCUACCGAACAUCAACCCUGUGCUUUUGCCAAAGAGGACUGAAAGUGCUUCUACUGCUACCAAGUCUCCUUCCAAAGCCAGGAAAUCUCCUAAGAAGGCUUAGAUUAGGAUCAUGAAUUGUGUGUAUAACUGAGUUCUAGGUCUUUUCUUAUGUAACAGAAUGAUUUAUUGCUUUUUAAAAUAUGUAAUUUGAUUUCACUGUGGAUGAUUAAGUAUUAUUAUGAACAAUUCGGUUGAAACGACUUGCUUCAACCGUUUUGUAUUUCCGCAUAUAUUUUAUUUAUCAGUUAUUUCUUACUA